AUGCUUCUGGACUCGCAGUAUCUCACGUCUGCUGCAUCCAGUCGGACACAGUCAUACGUCAGUGGCUGUGAGGCUACUUCUGAGGGCCAUGAUAGCCCAGAUGUCGCCGUCUACGAUUUGUCCCAAACUCUGCAACCAGGCCCCGUGCAGAUCAACAUCGAGUACGAAGGCGAUAUCGGCAAUGGCAUGAGCGGCUUCUUCAGAGCCAAGUAUAAGAGCGAGGACGGCGACGAUGUCUUCCUACUCACCACUCAAUUUGAGCCAUGCUACGCACGCACUGCUUUCCCAUGUUUCGAUGAACCAAACUUCAAAGCAACUUUUGACCUACAAUUGGAGGUCCCCACUUACUUUACGGCUCUCAGCAAUAUGCCUGUGAAGACAGUCACCAACGUGCCUUCGGAUCAUACGCUGCAACGCGUGCUAUUCGAGCGCAGCCCUAAAAUGAGUACGUACCUCCUCGCCUGGGCCAUAGGAGAUCUUGAAUACAUCGAAUCAAAGACGGAGCAGCAUCAUGGUGGUAGCCCAGUCACCGUUCGUGUCUACACUCCUAUCGGUAUGCUUCGCUCGGCCCACUUCGCACUCGAUGUCGCCUGUAAAGUCCUGGAUCUGUACAAGAAGCUUUUCAAAAUUGACUAUCCUCUUCCCAAGUGUGACCAUCUGGUCGUGCCCGAAUUUGUGUGUGGGGCGAUGGAGAAUUGGGGUCUCAUCACGUAUAAACCUACAAAGAUCCUUUUUGACUCUAGCGCAUCCUCGCACCGUGUCAAGUCGAAAGCAGCCUAUGUGAUAGCGCACGAGCUAGGUCAUCAGUGGUUCGGCAACCUGGUCACGAUGAACGACUGGUCAGAAUUAUGGCUGAAUGAGGGUUUCGCAACUUGGGCCGGAUACAUGGCGGUCGAUGAGCUCUUUCCAGAGUGGGACAUCUGGAGCCAAUAUGUUGCAGAAACAGUUGAUGAUACACUCAAGAUCGACAGCUACCCACCACUCAUGCCAUUAAAUCGGAACUAUCUCAGAGAGAACUCAUACGACAAUGCUAGCUCACAGGAUCUAUGGCGCGCAAUGAGUAUGUCUGCAGGCCAGGAUGUUGGAUUGUUGAUGCACAGCUGGAUAUAUUCUCCGUCAUUCCCUGUUGUGACAGUUUCUUCUGAGGCGGAAAGCACGUUUCUGAGGCAGACUAGCAUGCUCGCCUUGUCCGAAAGCGAAGGCCGGGGGAAGUUCGCAGGCUUCCAGUCCUGCUCAAACCAGUGGAAUACGCCAUUGGGCCGCUGCCGUCCUGAUGGCGACGAACUGAUGCUCGUCGGUAAUGAACAACUUGAAAUGCCAGAGACAAUUCUUUCUAUCGUUAACAAAGGUCAUAGCGGCAGCUAUACCGUGGCAUACGACAGUGAAGCUCUGCUUUCUAUACUCAGGCACCAACCUGGAUUAUCCUCAGCAGACUUGGCCGGCUUGGUGGCAGAUAUGAGCACUCUGGUGUUGGUAGGUAAGAAGAGCGCUGGUGAUCUCCUCGAACUCAUUUUGCGUCUCAAAAAUCAUACAGACGUCUAUCUCUGGCUGUCAAUCACUCGAGCACUGGAAAAUCUCCACAACAUAUUCUCAGAUGAGGUUGCAUCAAGCCAAUUGCUGCAACACUUCACCGGUGUACUGUUGCGCUCCAUGCAGUCCCACCACGAGCAACUAUCCAAAGACUCCGAUCCGCGAUCAUCCUACAAGAAAGAUGAAAUGGAGAAGAAUGUGUAUCGUCUGGCUGUUCUGGCGUCCGACACCGAGCUACUCAGCCAAGCGCGGACGAUGUUCCGGGAUGCCCCUUCGUUGAAGGAGCUUAAACCUCACCUCCGCUCAGCCAUUUUAUCUGCAUCUGUGAACGGGCCGGACCCGUCUGUAUUCGCCCGUAUCCUCGACUCCUUCGACGCCGAGCAGUCAAUAGAGAUACAAGAAGACCUGCUCACAGCCCUUGCUGCCACCACGCAUCCAGACCUCGCCACGCGACUUCUUGACCUGGCCUUCUGCGACGACAGCAUCAUCGACCUCCAACAUCUACACAUCCUCGGCGGAUCCCUGGGCAAGAAUCGCAAUUGCCGAAGACUUCAGUGGGAGUACAUCAAGCGACAUUGGGACCGGGUUUCGCAACGACUGAACGAGAAUGGCACGGUUCGCGCGUGGUUCCUUGAGGCGAGUCUGAGCCAUUUCGCAGACACGGCUCUUGCUGAGGACAUCGAGCAGUUCUUCGCUGCUCGUAGUGGUGCGGAGUUGGUGAAGCCGGCAGGUUAUAUCAUUGCGAACAUUCGAAGAAAUGCGCGGUGCAGGGAACGGUCGCGGGCGGAGCUGCGCUGGUUCGUCGAAAAUGAGCUGGGCAAAGAGUUGCAAGCAAAAGUCUGA